GUUACCAGUGAUCCCUAAGGAAAGGUUUAGGGCGCUGCGCAGACCCAAUUAGAACAGUAUAAAAUGCUGGCGUCCACAUCUCCUCGCGCUGCUGCGUGUGGCCGCAGAGUUGCCGCUAGCGCACCUGUAAAUGUCCAUAAAACUGUGUACAACUUUCAAAUUGGGCGCCGGGCUACGGUGAAGGCGAUGGCAUGCUCGGCUGAGUCACAACAGGAGUCACAAAUCGUCAACCGCCGGACCGCGCUGGCUUUGGGCGCUGCUGCAGCCCUUACGGCCUCGGAUUUGGCAACAUCUUAUAGCGCACGUGCGGAGGAGGAGCUUGUGGUGACUCAUAAGGUUUACAUGGUUGUAACCGUUGGAGGUGCUCCCGCUGGUCGCAUCGUGUUGGGUCUUUACGGGGAGGUGGUCCCAAAGACCGUCGCCAACUUUGUGGCCCUGGCCACUGGCGAGAAGGGCUUCGGCUACAAGGGCUGCUCCUUCCACCGCAUUAUCAAGAACUUCGUCAUACAGGGUGGCGACUUUGAGCGCGGCAACGGCACCGGCGGCUACAGCAUAUACGGCAGGCGCUUCCCGGAUGAGAACUUCAAGCUAUCACACGCCCCCGGAGUGCUGUCCAUGGCCAACGCUGGACCCAACACCAAUGGAAGCCAGUUCUUCAUUACCACGGUUGACACGCCCUGGCUCAACGGACACCACGUUGUGUUCGGGCGGGUGUUGGAGGGCUUGGAGGUGGUGCGGGCGCUGGAGGACGUGGCGGUGGACCGCAGCGCAAGGCCCACCCAACCCGUGGUCAUUGAGAGCUGCGGCCUGCUGGCGUGAAGGGGGAACUUCAAGGGCUCCUUAUGCGCAUGUGCGUACAGAGAGGGAAGGGGCAUGUGCAGAGCAUAGCGAUACAGCAUUCGCCUAGCUAGGGUUUAAUGCAGCAGCCGGCAGCGAAAAGAGAGUACAUGUGCCGCGGCAACGCGCAAACCAGGAGAAGUGAGUUGUGGUGACAGCGAGAGGGGUUUCGGAGGCUGCGGCGGCUGCCUAGUUACUUGUGAGCGGUUAGGGAGCUCGAUGCAUCUGCACUGUAAAGAGCUAGCAGGAUGCACCAGCUUGCGUAAUAAAGCCCGCUUGUCAUGUUUUUUUUUCGCAUCUUGACCUUAGGCAAGGGCGUCGUUAGUCCUGCUAGUUGCUUUGCAGUACUAUGGUGACCAUGCAAUGGACCGUGGCUGUUGGGUGUUGCAUGAUGAGGAGUCGCCACUCGUUCCAUGCAUGGGUGUGUAGCGACGCUCAGGAGCCGGAUUUGCAAGUGUAGUUGGUGAGCCCCCCCGGCAGCCCUACAGCCCAGGCUGCCACCUGCAACUCCGCCACCUCCACCUGCCAUCAGGGGAGCUCCCCCUGCACUCAUGGACAGUGGCCCCGCACGCCGACCCGGACCCGCAAGGUGCAUCACUGAUGGUUGCAGGCAUGAGCUCGGCGUUAAUGGCAAGGGCAUCACGUUCUCAGAGAGGUUUGGCUAGGAAGCUGGAGCAACCCAGAUGGAUUUGGGCGCAUGCUUACUAAAAAUCAAGAACCAGACUUUAUAUGGACGUGUUUGAUUCCGCUCUUGGAUGGGUAAGCAACUGACAGAUGGCUGUCUGAUAGGCCCGAGGAUGUGAGGCCCACUGCAAACUUGAACACAGCACGCUAAGUACGGAAGGCAUGAAAGCUCUGUGUAACUGAGCUUUGCAG